AUGAAGUACUGUGUGAUCCAGUUUAAAGAUGGGUCGAAAAAAGUAGUGCCGAUGAGUUGGAUAUACUGUGAAAACGUGAAAAUAAAUAAAAAAUAUCCGACAUUUUUUAACACGGAUAUGACGAAAAAGGCUCCGGAGAAUCCGGCCAUGUUGAAAACAUACAAGGAGGGUGAUCGUGAUAAGUGUAAUUGUUUGCACAUAGUUUAUGUUGUUAACAUUGCAGAAAACUUGGCUCAAGCUACAGAUGCGAUACAACAAAAACGGAUUGCAGUUAAACCACGAAAAAUCCAAACUGAUUCUGACGAUGUUAUCAGUCAAUUGCCAACUAAGAGACCAAAAAGAGAUAAUAACUCACUACUUCAUAAAACGGCGAAACAUCUAAAUGAAGACUAUCUGACUGCAUUUGUAUCUAUCAACCCAUCUUCAACAAGCACCAAUUUGUCAGAGAACUUGAAGGAUCCGCUUCACUUGAGCCUAACACCAUCAAUGCAAUCAAAAAAAACGUGCUCAAUCCCUUCAAAAUCGUUUGAAGACCGGGCAGUUGGCAAGAAAGCUCAGCAGUUGUCCAGUUCAAUUCACUUUUCACCUUCGGAUUCAUUCUCGCUUCAAUCAAACAGAUCUAGGGCGAUUUCCCCAAUGCCACACGAAGAACUUGUCCAGUUGUCCAGUUCAAAUAAAAACUGGGUGCACGCAUCGACGAGACAAAGCCACAUUUCACCGCAGAUUGGCAGAACAUCAUCGCUUAAACCGAUUACAGCUUGCCUUCAGUCGUCAACACCGUCACCUUCGGAUUCGGUAUUAAGUUCUGUGACUUCAUCUUCAGAUUCAUCAUUAAACACUGUACCGUGUACUCCAGAACACCGAGUGAACGUAUCACGGCAACUUAACUAUGGUCCACGGAAGCUUCCACGUGUUUCCGGGAUUGUCGGUGAAGUCAACAAUGGCUGGCCACAAGAACUUCAAAACGAACAGUCUGCUACAGGCCGCCAAAGCCGGACGCCAUCAUCGCGGUCCAUCACCUUGGCUGAAGAAUCUCCGCAGCUUCCAAGCGUUUCCGGGAUUGUCGGUAAAGUCAACAAUGACCGGUCACAACUUCAAAACGAACACACUGAUACAGGCCGCCAUAACCGGAAACCAUCAUCGCGGUACAUCACCGUGGCAGAAGAAUCACUACAGCUUCCGAGCGUUUCCGGGAUUGUCGAUAAAGUCAACAAUGGCCGUCCACAAGAACUUCAAAACGAACACAUCGCUACAGGAUGUCAAAGCCGGACACCAUCACCGCUGGCCUUCACCGUGGGUGUAGAAUCUCCACAGAUUCGUUUUCGUGCUUCGAACACCCAUGAAGAAUUCGUACCAGAAACAGGAUCGCUAGAAAGAGAUAAUUGCAAGAACUGCCAAAAAGUAAAAAAACGAUUGGAGAAUGCUGAAACCAGAAUCCAUGUACUAACCGAACUAAAUUUGAAUCUGCAGAUGGAAAAAGUAAAAUUAAUGGCUCAGAACAAGGAGAAAGCACCGUUCGUGAAUAGUGUAGAAGAGUGGUAA